CGCAGAGCGGACGGGCCUGGCAACGUAAGGGAACGGUCGCUGCGACCUUGGGUGUGGUGUAGAAUGUGACGCUAGAGGCGCGGGACGAUGACGAAGGCGGAAGUAGGGCAAGGAAUGCAGAGGGGUGCAGAGGAGCCGUUAGGCUGAGUUUUUUCCUCUUUUCCCUUCCGCCACCGGCUGCGGCUCCGACAUGGAGCAGGGGACAUGGCCAGGGGUGGAUCCAGAGUAUGUUGGAUUCCUGCUUCAGUCGCUCAGCAGCUGCGUGGAAAGAGCCUGGCCUGCCUGAGUGGCCCUACCCAACCUGGCAAUCCACCUGGCCAGGAAGAAGGCUCUGGAUGGAGGACCUAUCUCUGGUACAAGAUGCUGGGCAAGAUAUGGUGGCUUCCCCCGCUACACCAGGAACAGGCAAAUCAAAGCUGGACACAUUACCCAAAGAAGAUCUCAUCAAAUUUGCAAAGAAGCAAAUGAUGCUUAUACAGAAAGUGAAGUCAAGAUGUGCAGAAUUGGAAAAAGAGGUUGAAGAACUCAAAUCAAAGCCAGCUGCUGGAGGAAUUGAUGAUAUUAUUCAGGCUCUCACAGAAAGACUGGAUGUUGUUCUUUUGGAAAAAGCUGAAAGCCAGCAGCAGUGUCUUGCUCUGAAAAAAGAAAGUGCCCAAAGAAAACAAGAAGCAGAGACUGCUGUAACAAAGAUAGAAGAACUGCAGAAGCAAUUAGAAGAGUCAAGUGCUGAUUACUUGAAAGAAAUUGAAGCCCUUAAAACAGAAAUAGCGAGAUCACAGUUCAUAUAUAAUGAAGACCUGACCAGACUACAGAAGGAACUGGAAGAAGAAACAAAGAAAUGGAAAGGGCUUAUGCAACAGCUUGAACUUUAUCAUAACCAGGAAGAAGAAAUGAAAAAACUACAAGAAGAGGUCCAGCAAAUUAAGCCUGUAUAUGAGAAACAGAUUUUGCAUCUAAACAAAGAGUUGGAAGCUAUCAGUGAUAAUAAAAAUAAAGAAAUCGCAUGUUUGCAAGAAGCUAUCAGAAGUCAUUCUCAGCAUUCCCAUAGUGAAAUAAAUAACUUACAGGAAGACCUUAUACAAUUAAAAAAUGCACACCGGGAAGAGGUGUCAGAGUUGAUGCUUCAGCUUGAAACCUCUGCUAAAGAAAAUGAAGAAAAGCUAAAACAGAUAGAUAAGCUAACACAAGAUUUGGCAGAACAAUUUUUGAUAAAAGAGAAGAGCGUAAGGGAUGAUCUACGUUGUAGUAACGAGGAGUCUGUGUGUGACCAAGAACACCAAAGAGAAGCUCUAAGUAAAAAUAAAGAGAACCAAAUUAAUGUUAUAGAUACACAAGGGGACCUGUGUGCAGAAACACAAAUGGAAGAAAAUGUGAGUUGUUUAGAACGUACCUUGAAAGAACUGGAAUCUCAACAUAGUAUAUUAAAAGAUGAACUAACCUAUAUGAGUAAUGUUAAAUUAAAACUGGAAGCGGAAAUCCAGCACACACAGGAUGAGUACUUUCAUGAGCGAGAAGACUUGGAAUUUAAAAUUAAUGAACUGCAGCUUGCUAAGGAAGACUAUUGUGGUUUAAUUGAAAAACUAAAAUCUGAGCUCCAAGCAACAAAACACCAAUAUGAAAUCAUUGUAAAAGAACAUAAUUUAGAAAUUCAGAGUCUGAGAGACCAACAUAUGAGAGACAUGUCUAUACUAAAGGAAACUUUAUUAUCAAGUUCAGAAAAAGAAAAUAUGGCAUUAGUUUUUGAAAUACAAGAUCUUAAGGAACAAUAUCAAAAGCUCAUGCAGGAGAAAGAAGAAGCCGUGUCCAAUUAUGAGAGCUUGAGGGAAACGCUGGAAACUCUACAAACAGAAUUGGGGGAAUCUGCUGGAAAAAUCAGCCAGGAGUUUGAGACAAUGAGACAACAACAAGCUUCUGAUGUCAGUGAGCUACAACAAAAACUCAGAGCUGCUUUCAAUGAGAAGGAUGUUCUUCUUGAAACUGUGAAUCGUCUCCAGGAGGAGGCAGAAAAAUUAUCGUCAAAACAAACAGAAGUGGAAGAAUUUAAGAAUAAAAUAAUCUUGCUUCAAGAGGAGAAUGAGUCAGUGAUGACCUGUCUCCAUCAAAAACAGGAUGCAGUAAAAGAACUGGAAGAAAAGUUGAUUGUUCUUGACUCUCAGAAAGAUGGUAUCUUAAAUCAAGUGAAGAACUCUGUUGAAGAGAUUGAAAACCUUCAAGAAGCAUGCAAGAAAGAACAAGAAAGAGUUCUGGAACUUCAACAACAAGCAAAAGUUGUUAACCAGUGUAACAGUGAACUGAGAAAAAAGGUAGAGGAAUUAACGGAGAGCCUAAAUGUAGCUUUAAUAGAGAAAAAUGAGAAUAACCACAAGUUAGAGCAAUUGGAGGGAAAAACUGAAGCUCUUUUGCUUGACAACAAGAGUCUCUUAUCUCAAGCAAGUAGUCUUCAGGAGGAAAAUAUGCAAAUCAGUAAAGAAAAAGACAGAUUAACUAGAGACCUAGAAAAAAUUACAUCUGAGAAGGAGGGUUGGUCGGUAUUUAAAGAACAAGUGGAAAGUUUAGAAAAGGAACUACAAAAAGCUGUCAAUGAAAAAGAUUGCUUAAUUGCACUACUUGAAAGUGAAGAAACACAUAAAUCCCUUGCCAGAACUCAGCUACACACUCUGUUUGAGCAAUUGGGGUCCAAAUUUUCAGAUCACGAUAAAGAAUGUGAUGCUGUUAAUUUAUUACAAAUUGCAAAUGAAUACUUGGUGAAAAUGAAAGAGGAAGAAAAGAGCCUGGCUUUACAAAAGGAUGAAAAAAUUCUUCAUUUGCAGCAGGAGAUAGGGAGGCUUCAGGAAGAAAAUGAGGCUCAGUAUUCAGAACAUAGGUCUCUUCUUCAAGAUUUUGAAAAAGAAAAAGGUCUCUUAAAAGAAGAACUGGAAGGAGCUUUGUCAGAAAAAGAAGCACUUCAGCUGGACAUCCAGGAGUUAGAGAGAGCCAGUGAGAAAGCAAGGAAUGAAAACCAAGAUCUUCGAGUUCACACUGAAGAGAUCUUUCAAAAACUUGCUAGUUAUGAAAAUCAAAUCCAAGAGCAGCAGAAGGACUCUAGUACAAAAGAUCAAGAAAACUUAAAUCUCACUCUAGAAAAAAGAGACAUUGAACUCAAAAGCGUGAAAGCGGAACUGGACUCUCUCAAGGACUUAAUGGAGAAGUUGACUACGAAAAAUGACCAACAGUCUUCAGUAGCAGAGCUUCAAGAAAAAAUUGUGAAGCUGGAAAGGGAAUCUACUGAGAGAAAAGAAAAGUUAAACAAAAUUAAAAUGGUUGCUGUGAAAGCAAAGAAAGAACUAGAUUCCAGCAGAAAAGAGGUCCAGGGUCUUAGAGAAGAAUUAGAAUUGGUACAAUCAGAGAAAGAUCAGUUAUCUGCUUCUAUGAAGGAUAUCAUUCAAGGAGCUGAAAGCUAUAAGAAUCUCCUAUUGGAAUAUGAUAAGCAAGCAGAACAAUUGGAUUUUGAAAAGGAUCGAGCAAAUAACCUUGAACGUCAGAUAGAUGACAUUACAAAACAAUUCCAAACAUCCGCUCAGCAGCAAGACCUGCUGCGCUCUGCUAAUGAAGACCUUACGACUCGUAUUGAAACUUUACAAUCUAAUGCCAAGCUUUUAGAAGCACAGAUACUGGAAAUGCAGAAAGCAAAAGUAAAAGUUGACAAAGAACUAGAAGCUGAAAAACUUCUAAAAGAGCAAAAGAUAAAGGACCACAGCUGUUCUCUAAGAGAACUGGAAGAAGUUCAGAUGCACCUUCAGAAGGAAAAGAAACAUCUUCAGAAAACUAUGCAGGAGCUAGAGCUGGCAAGGAAGGAUGCACAGAAGAGCACAUUGAUGGACAUGGAAAUAGCUGAUUAUGAGCGAUUUGUGAAAGAACUUAAUCAAAAGAUUACAGAUAAAAAUAGCAGAAUUGAAGACCUUGAGCAAGAGAUCAAGAUUCAGAAGCAGAAGCAAGAAACCCUGCAGGAAGAAAUAAAGUCCCUUCAGUCAUCUGUGCAGCAGUAUGAGGAAAGGAACACCAAGAUAAAACAACUACUGGUGAAAACCAAAAAAGAACUAACAGAUUCAAAGCUAACUGAAAAUGAACAUCUAAUGCUUCAGGCAUCAUUAAAAGGAGAGCUAGAAGCAAGUCAGCAGCAAGUGGAAGCCUAUAAGAUUCAGGUGGCUGAACUUGCAUCAGAAAAACACAAGGUCCAGGAACAUCUGCGGACAUCUGUAGAGCAACAUCAACGAAUGCUGAGCACUUAUCAGCAGAAAAUUACUACCUUACAAGAAGAAUGCAGUACAGCAAAGGCAGAACUCGCUACUGUUACUUCUGAAUUUGAAAGUUACAAAGUCCGUGUUCAUAAUGUUUUAAAGCAACAAAAGAAUAAAUCUGCUUCUCAAACUGAAACUGAGGGAGCCAAGCAAGAAAGAGAACAUUUGGAAAUGAUGAUAAACCAAUUAAAAACCAAGUUACAAGAUACCCAGAAUAAUUUACAAAUCAAUGUAACUGAACUCCAAGCAUUGCAGUCUGAACAUGACACCCUGCUGGAAAGACAUAAUAAAAUGCUGCAGGAGACAGUUGCAAAAGAAGCAGAACUCCGAGAAAAACUCUGCACAAUACAGUCUGAGAACUUAGUCAUGAAGUCAGAGCAUGCACAGGCUAUGAAUCAGCUCACGGCUCAGAAUGAAGCUCUUCGGAACAGCUUCAGAGAUCAAGUCCGGCAUCUGCAGGAAGAGCAUAGGAAGACAGUAGAAACAUUGCAGCAGCAGCUGUCCAAGGUAGAGUCCCAGGUCUUCCAACUCAAAAAUGAACCUAGCACCAGAGGGCCAGCUGUUUCAAGCCUACCUGUGAAGAACUUGCGAGAACGGAGAAACAACACUGACCUCCUCCUUCUUGAUAUGCACACUGUCACUAGAGAAGAGGGAGAAGGAAUGGAAACAACUGACACAGAGUCAGUUUCUUCUGCCAGUACUCACAUACCAUCACUGGAACAACUUCUUAAUUCUCCUGAAGCAAAAGCUGAACCACCUUCAUGGCAAACUGAGCUCAGCAAGGAAGAGCUAGUACAGAAGCUGAACACAACAACAAAGAGUGCUGAUCAUUUGAAUGGAUUACUUCGUGAAUCAGAAGCAACAAAUGCAAUCUUAAUGGAACAAAUUAAGCUUCUUAAGAAUGAAAUAAGGAGACUGGAAAGGAACCAAGAGCGAGAGAAAUCUGUUGCUAAUCUAGAAUACUUGAAAAAUGUUCUGCUGCAAUUCAUAUUUCUGAAAUCAGGAAGUGAAAGAGAGAGGCUGUUGCCAGUAAUAGAUACCAUGUUGCAGCUCAGCCCUGAAGAAAAGGGAAAGCUUGUUGCAAUCGCUCAAGGUGAAGAAGAAAGUGCUUCACGGCCUUCUGGGUGGGCUUCAUACCUUCACAGUUGGUCAGGACUUCGAUGAGGCAACAGAAAGGCUGAAUCUUCAAUACUUACAUUCCAUGAUUGCACUAAGAAAGAAAUGCUAAUGUACAAGAAGAAGCAUACGUAAAUACCAGUGGCAGUUUUUUUUUUUUUUUUCAAACUACCUGCAACAGCAUAUGUUAACCUAAGAAUUAGACUAGAAAGUUUUUAAAGAACGUGCUAUAUUAUUUUCUGACUUCAGUAAACUAUACUUUUUUGUUGUAAACAUUUCAGAUUAAAUGAGCUUGUGAUUGAGAGUAAAAUGUAGGGUUAAAAAUUGUCAAACUGGUCAGAACUUCCAGGUUUAUCAUUUAAAAUGGAGCAUCAUUUAAAAACUGAAACAAUACUAAAAUACUUUUAAGAGUUAAAAACCCUCACUGAUGAGAAAUGAAGCAAGUUAGCAACCUGCAUUGUCAUGACACAUUAAAAGAAGCAUAAAAUCAAACUUUUUCCUCUGCAUGGUGAUGUUUACAAAAUAUUGCACUGCAGACACUUUGGAGAUGAAGGGCAUUUUCUUUUUCACUUUGGUUACUUUUUAGUCUCAGAUUGCAGUGAAAAAAAAUUAAAAUAUAAGUCCUAGGGUGUGAAAAAUGUAGUGGCUCUGAUAACUCUCAUAACAUCCCAUGUUUGUGUUACGUGGGCUCAUAAGGGUUUCCUGAUGCUCAUGGUUUGUUUUAGGAGUCACAUCAGCCUCCCCUAAGAGUCAGUGGCAUAAGCAAGUUGAAAUAGUAGGAGAAAGAACUUAAUCUAAAGUCUUUCUUUCUCUGAGGGUGGAACACGCAUAGGGAGUCUAAAGCCAAACUAUGCAAAUGGUACCUACUGCUCGUAAUGGUUGUGUUGUUAAAUGACUCUCAGUAUAAUUGCUGGCAGAAGAGGGGAAGAAUGCUUUCCUGUGAAAACGUUAUCACUAUAUGUGGUAUAUAAUUUCCUUAAGCAAACUUCACUCCAUUCUCACUCUUCCACAUUCCACCUAUCCCUUGUGGUGAAGUGAUAUGUGCUUUUAAGUCCUUUAAUUUAAUGGCAUUUCUGGAAAGUGUACGGGAGCAAUAUCUGCAAGAAAGAAAGGAAUGUUAUUGGGUCUAGGUGUAGCUCUUCCCGUGUCUACUGGGCCAGAGUGAUUUUUAGCACUGUAUGAGGGCCCGUCAGAAGGGAAGAGAGAAGAUGGCACCAGGCGAGAAGAAUAGAUGUACACUUCUUAAAUAGGUUCUAGUUGUGGAAUCUUAAUUGGCUCAUAAAUGAGCCAGAAGGGGUAUCCAGUUUGUCUUCCUAUGUUUAACACAGUAAAUGCACUUGUUAUAAACAAGAGCGCUCUUUCAGCUUCCUGUCUUCUGUUCUGUGUUUUCUGUCUUUCCUCCUAACCCAUUCUUUCUCUCUCCUCUACAUAUUCCACAGUUAUUAUCUGAGUGAUUGUUAUUUGUGUUAAGUACCUGCAGUUUUGCCUGUCAUCAAGAGUCUUUGAGUUGUAUAUCUCCCCUUAGUAUUCCCUUUCCCUCUGAUAUGCUGGUAUGUAGCAUUAAAGCUACUUCUUUGACCAGAGGACAGGAAAGAUAUAAACUUAGACAAACAUUAUUCCUUUCUCUACUGCAGAUAUUGCCAUUAUUUUCCAUACUGAGCAAACACUAAUCAAGAGGCCCGGGGUAGGGAAGAGAGCAACCCAGAGGUAUGCCUACUCCCUUAAUAAUAUAAUACUUAUAUGGAUUAUAGUUAAUCUUCCUGUAAGAAUAGCAAGUGGAGUUAGCUUGUUCUGAAAACAGAAUCUCUUCAUAAGAGUACUUAUCGAACUGAAAGUGUCUAAAUGCCAAUGACUCUCUCCGUUUCCUGUGUUUAUUCCAAGUUGUCAGCUUAAUAUAUAUUCUUACUACUUCUACUUACAGUUAGUGCUGAAAAUCAAGUUACUGGAGUGAAUUUGAUUCCUUUUUGAUGCAGUCCGAUACUAACACAUUUUAAGUUCUAUUUGCAGACUCUUCAUGGGUCAUACAUGAUCCAGAAAGGAGCUGGCUUGGUUUUUACAGCCCCUAGACUGAAUUUGCAGGAUUGGCAGGUAGAAAAACCAUCUUAAGCAAUUGCUAUUUUGAAAGUAGAGAUAAGUAAAUAUGUAGUACUUUUUAGUCACUUUUCAGUCCACAUCUACAUCUUCAGCUUCAGAGAUUUUGUUCCAGGUCAUUAAAUAUAAAUUCACAACUCACUGUGAUUUUCGUUUUUUAAAAUAGCCAGAAGGAGUGGACGAGAGUUUUCAGAUCACUAUACCAAAAAUGCAAGUAAUUUUUUUCCUUCUGUAAUUUAAAAAAUAGAAGAGCAUGAGUGAAAUAGUAUAGCUUCAAAUUUAUUCAGCUGAAAACUUGCUGCUGACAGUUUUCUGCACAAUGCCUGCUCAACUUUCUUUGUUAAAUAGCUGUGAAAAAUGAACCUGUUUCUUUUAAAUGCAUAUAUUUCAGACCCUAAGAUUUUUAUUUAAUUCUAUAAACUGUGAAUGAAGUAUGCAAACAGCAUACAGUGUAACAUUUUCUGUAUUAAAUAGAAGUUGUUUAAUUUCAAAUUUUUGAGUUGUAAGCUCACAGUUCUAGUUAAACUCUGAUAUUGUAUUCUUGAGUGUAAUUUACACCUCUUGCAUGAUAUAUUUUUUCUACAAGGGAAGAUAACUGAGGCCUUGAAAGAGUAAUGUAAAGAAUAUUUUAAUAAUUGUCAUUAAUCAUUUAUCUAAUGUGUAUUCUAUAGCUAAGAUUGUCAUGUUUUCAGAAUUUGUCUUCCAUCAGAUAAUGGAAGAAAUGUCUGAUGCAAGUAAAUGUCUGGGUCUUAAAUACUUAUAGUAAAUGGAAUUAAAAAGAGGUGAGGACUGGAAGUGGGAUUAUUUUGCACAGUAGAUAUAUUUUAUAUUUCAUGAAUUUUACAUAUUUAUAAUGUUAAUACACCACCAUCAUUGUGGCUCAAAUUCCAAGAAGACGCAUUUAAAAUUAAAGUUGG